GUACCCUGUAUUUGUUCCCAGACAUCAUCACAGGUUGAGCUGAGCAUCCUCUUCCUCAAGGAGGGAUUUUUUUUACUUUAAUUAUUUGCGCUCUUUCUCUUCGCUGCCGCGUUGCUGCGGUGUAAAAAACGACAGCACGGAGGGAGCAGAAACCAUAAGAUGAAGAAACGCUAUGUGGACGCGAGCAGGCUACGGAAAAUGAAAAAACUGAAAAUAACGGAGAAGCUGUCUGAGAGUGCGUACACCUUCCUGAAGUUUAUGGUGAUGUGGACGCUGGUGCUGCUGGCAGAUUUCAUCCUGGAAUUCAGGCUGGAGUACUUGUGGCCGUGUUGGCUCUUCUUUGGGAGUGUUUAUACGACUUUCCACUGCCACGGGCUGGUCAUUUGUGCUGUUUUUGUUUGUGCCGCCUUCACCCUUGACAUCUUUUGUUUAAUUUUUGUUCCUUUGCACUGGCUGUUCUUUGUGGCGAGCACCUAUGUGUUAUUCAAUUACAUCUGGCACACAGAGAAGGGCAUCUGUAUAUCCACGGUUUCCCUGUGGAUUCUUCUUGUGUACACAGAGGCUUCACUUCGACUCAAAGACCUUAAAACCUCUCAUGCCAACUUGUCUCAUCUUUUUGCUGCUCACUGCAUAGGAUAUCCUGUAGUAUAUCUGGGGUUCGAUGCCACCUGCUACUUCACCAACGUCUUCAAGCUGCGCAUACAGAAAGCUGUGCAGAGUGAGAAUGACUUCCACAUGCACCUCCUGCAGCACUCCCUCCCUCCAGGCCUGCAGGUUUAUCCCAAGACUGGCACAGAUGGCAGCAGCAACUCAAAAUGGAAGACAAAGCCUGAAUCAAGUCAGUAUCAGUGUCAGAACGGUGCUGUUGUUGCUCAUGACGAGUCACACACCGUAGACUGCCUCCAGAUCCGCAGCGAGGAGAGAGCAACAGAGAAGGGAACACAGGAGGUGAAGGCAGCUGACUCAAACCGGCGGACAUCGUCGUCCAAAUCUGGUGUCAGUGAGUCCAGAGACCAGCUCUACAGCGGGGCAGGAGGACCAGAAUCCUCUACAACCCCAGAAAAUCUACCUCAAGAGGAGCAGGGAAGCAAAGCCACGCGGGUGGCUAAGAGCUCCUCGCCGAAAGUCCGCAGAGCCAGCACAAACACUCCCUCACCACCUGCUGGCAGGACUGAGAAGAAACAGAGAUCCAGCUCAAAAACAGUCAGCCCCAACCGGGACACGACAGACAAGAGCGUCACAGCAGCUCAGAAUUACCACACCGAACAGAUGAGCAAGCUGGAGCAAGAGCUGAGGAGGCUGAAAGGCGAGCUGCAGGUGAGCCGGCAGAGCGAGCAGGAGCUGCGGAGUCACAUCUGCAACUUGACCAACAGUGAGAGGAGCCUGAGACCAGAGGUUUCCCUGCUCAGACAGUCCAACAUGCUGCUCCAGAGCAAGAUUCUUUGUCUGACCAAAACCAAGCAGAGGGACAAACAGACCAGUGCGAUGCUGGAGAAGAAGACCAGAGCAGAGACAGAGGCCAGACUCUCUGUUGAGAAACAAUUGGCUGAGCUUCAGGCUCAGAAACUGGAGGAGGCGGCGAGCACAGCGCGGAGUCUAACAAACAGGCAGGAACACACUGAAACCCAAAUGUUAAGGAAAAGAGUAAAAGAUCUAGAGACAGAGUACAAACAACUACAGCUGGAGUAUCAAGUGAAAGAGAGUCGUGUGGUAGAUCUAGAGAGUGAUGUUGAGGCUCUGGGAAAGUACCGCUGUGUGGAGAAAGAGACAGACAUGCUGCUGUCCACUCUGUCAGCCAUGCAGGAGAAGGCUCAGCAUCUGGAGUACAACCUGAGCGCCGAGACUCGCAUCAAACUGGAUCUGUUCUCGGCUUUGGGAGACGCCCGCAGACAGCUGGAGAUUGCUCAAGAUAAAGUGAUAAAACAGGACAGAGAGAUCAGUGAGAUGAAGCAGAAGAUUGCGGAGGUGAUGGCCGUCAGCCCCGGUGUGUCCUACAUGGCCCCUCGUCCUCCGGUGCCACAGUAUCUCACCAAGUUACUCAACUCUGAGCGCUACAUGCUCAAUCCACGAGCACUGAUGUACCAGUGUCUGAAGAAGUAAAAGGAUGCCGUCGCCUUUGUCAGACCCUCCAUCAUAGCAUGUGAGAGGGAGGCGUUUAAUGGAUUAUGUUACAGAGCUAAAUGACACCAUGAAGUCAUCUACUUCCAGCCAUGAAUGGAACCAGAAUGAUCCUCAACAAGUCGAAUGCCUUUUUCUGCACUGUUGGUGCUAACCUGACAUUAUUCUGUAAAUUUCCUGUUUCCUCCCACAUCAAGGGUUGAAGAAUUUCACUCCAGAAUAAGAUAUCUGAUAUGCAGAGCUGCCGUAGGCACGAAUUUUUACGUAAAAAAUACACCCAUCCUUACAGCAUUAACCAUCUAGUUGGGAUGCAACACAGAAAAGCACAACAUCUCUGCAACUUCAGAACCUGCAGAUUUGUCUAAAUAAUAAUCUGAUGCUGGAUAUGGACAUUUCUAUACUACACAGAAGAAAGAAAAUGAAAGAAUGAAAUAAAAAAGUGUUUCCUAAACAGCAGGGACUAAACACUUCAGCUGGGCCCAAACAUUUUGCAUCUUUCAUCUUCAGGCUUGACACAACUUCAGAUCAGUAAACAUGAAUUUUUUGUUCUAAUUUUACAAACAGCUUUUGCAGUUUGAAGCCUCCCACAAGUUACCCACUGUAGUUUUAAAAAGAUUUGAUGACCACUCCUGGCAUGAAAGUAAAACAAACCAUUCAAUAUUAUUUAGGUUUUAUUAUAAGUAUUAUCAUACGAAGUUGUAAUAUUUUAGAGAAUAUGAUCACCUUUGUUGAAUUAUUACAGAAUUAUCUUGAUCUGCUACAAUAUUGACUAAAGCAUUCAAACUUACAUUGUAAAAAGUUUUUUAAAUCUUUGAGUAAAAAGUUCUAAGGUCUAACAAAAUGAUGUAAUAGCUCUGUUACAGCAGACGUUUCAACUUUUUGUGGUAGGAAAAGUACAGGUGUUACUAAUAACAUUAAUGAUGGCUCCGUUCUAUUCAAGUGUCCCAGUAAGCCAUGACAGUGCAACAGUGAGCCAGUAUGUACAAAACCAGCACCCUGAAACUGGAGCAGCUAAAUGGAAUUCAUUAUUAAUCAUUAAUUUUAUUAUUUCCACCUGUGCAUUUCUUCCUGUGACAUGUCAAAAUGUCUUCUGUGAAUAGGCUUAUUAUUUAAAAAUAUAUGUUCUAAAGUAUUUAAGAUUUAAUGCGGCAACAGAUUUUGGUCUAAUGUAUUCAUUUAGACGUGAUGACUCAAUAUGAUUAUAGAGAGAUGAUAAAUUAUAAGAUUGAAUUAUCUCCAACCUUUAGUUAGUUGUGUUAAUGGACUCCUGUUGAAUUCUAAAAAUAAAAACAUAUCUUUAUUUGAUAAAAUACAAAUAUUAGGUCCAAACAAUAUUUUAUACACAAUUCUCACAAAGCAUAAAUAUAAUGAUUUACUGAUAACGUCAUAUUCUAAAUUUUUAAGGCAAGUAUGCAACAAUAUGUCUGUAAAUAGUGGAUUGAGACAAUUUGAAUUAUGCUUACAUUUUACAUGAAUGUCAUGGGUUCAGUCAGUUAACUUGUUAAAAUCCAAAAUAUAAGGCAGUUUGGAAUGAGACCUGUCAGAGUUGCGGACGUCUUGAAUUUGGUUUGGUUGAAUUUGGGAGCUUCUUGGGAACAAUUUGUGAAGAUGUUUUAUUGUUGGAGUGAACUAAUUGAAGUUAAAGGAGCACAUAAGGAAAGGCAAUUCUUUCUCUUUGUUUCCACUGACAGCUAACAGCUACAUUUUGCUGUUUGGCAGCUCUCUGCUUCAGAAUGGCAAACUUUUGGAAAAGAGAGAAAGCAUUAAAAAAGGACAGCGGACUAACUGUUUGCCACUUAGUUAGUCAGCCUGAGUUACACUUUGUCCAUGUGUUGAAGUGGAGUUACGAAUAACAAGGAAUGGUGUUGACCAAACAUGGUUCAUGAAUUUAAUUACUGUGCCUAUAUACAUUACUUUCAAACUGGGAAGUAAAACACAAAUUUAAUGUGAAAGAGUAAAGUGUUUGAAUUGAA